GCCGAUCCCAAAAUGUCAAGCGUGCUGCUGAUGUGCUGGAUUACUCUCUUUGUGAAGACAGACUCCAGCCCUACAGUGUCUCCCAUUUAUGAGUUAAAGGGAGCAUCUGUCCAUCUCACAGUGGAGGGUCUUCAACGUUUACAGAUCAGAAGAAUUACAUGGAGUGUCAACUCUAUACUAAUGCUGGAAUACACAGUGGGGCAUGACAAACCACAUUACUACCCAGAGUAUAAAGAGAAGAUGCAGUUUGACAGUAGCGACUUCUCUCUGCUCAUUAAGAACCUAGAAGAGACUGACCAGGGCACCUAUACAGCCAAAAUAACUGAAACAAAUGGAACUGAAUCUGAAAAAGCCAAGUACCGUCUGCAUGUCCAAGAAGCUGUUGCCAAACCCAUUAUACAGAUGAAUAAUUCGACAUUAGACUCUGCUGAAGGAUUCUGCACUGUGUCAGUGAACUGCUCUGUGAAGGACAGCUGGGUCUAUUACACCUGUGACCAAACCCAGUGCUUACAGACAGAGCCCCAGUCCUGGCCAAAUGUGAACAUCACUGUCACUGUUUAUAAUGGAAGCAUCAUCUGCACAGGCAGUAACCGGGUCAGCAACAAGACCCAGUCAGAACCACUGGGACAUGCAUGUGAGGGUGUCCAAUACUCCGCUCUGCUACCCCCUAGUGGCCUCUCACCCUGUUUGCUGAAGAUCCUGCUGUUCUCUGUGGGUCUGGUCAUCAUGAUAUCAGCUGUCAUUACUGUGCACCUCAAGGACAGGUUCUGCAGGUUAGUCCAAGUCAUUUAGCUGUAGUUCAGACUAGCUUAAGUAUUCAGAACGCAGAUAGUCAGGCUUAGUCAUGAAGCAGCAAAGCAGAUGCAUUAGCACUGUGGGUGCUGAUCAAUGUGUGACUGCAGGUUAGGCCUCUGUGACUGUGGUCAUACGGUUGCUGGUUCAAGUCCCGUGAUCGGCAGAAUAGUUGCUUCACCCUUGGGCCAUUAAGCAAGUCAGUAAAACCUAAAAAACUGAUCCAGGGGUGCAGGACAAACAGCUGACCCUGUACCUGAACCCAAACUGUGCUCUUACCUGUAUAUUCAUGUACGUCUUAAAGGAGAGCAAGAUGGCAUGUGCAGGAACUGAAGGAUUCCAAUGCACUUG